CUGUUUACGACGUACCCAGACCCUGUGCUGCAAAUGUUGUUUCGUAUCGCAAUCUUGUUCGGUUUACUCGCGCUUGUCUCAGCUACAGAGACAAGCGAUGAGAGUGAUCCAGAAGACACCCCCUAUAGCGAUGCUGAAGAGGAGAGCCGCACUUUCAACGCAGCAGUAGACCAGUGCAAGGGGUUGGAUCCACCCAUGCGUAGCAAACGCUACGUGGCCAAAGUCAGCGUGAUGGUAUCCUCGAAGUCCCUGGCUGACGACUACCGGAACGUCACCGUCAGCGUCGAGCUGACGAAGGUCUUGCGCAACAACCCGCUGCUGCAUUUCUACAUAACGGACGAAGACAUGUACAGCUAUCAGUGUGCAAAUAGAAAAUCGUGCACCUACAAGUUGUGCGACCCAGCCACGUCGCAGGAGCGCACCCUGACAAGACAGUGGAAAGGAAAGUGUCCCUUAAAACCUGGCAAAUACAACUACGAGUUCGUGUACAAGUUUCGUGGCAGGAUUUUACGUCAGAAGAAAAAGUCUCUGAUCCUGGCACUCACCAUCCUGGCCGCCUGCUGCACCGCACUGGUUCACGCCGGAGCCGUAGCACCAGUUCUAGCCCAUGCGCCCGUGGUGGCAGCACCCGUGUACGCAGCUCCGGCCCCCGUGCUGGCAGCGCCCACCGCCGUUUCGUACCAGUAUUCGCACAAGGUGCACCAUCCCGUGGUUGCUGCCUACCCGUACGUCGCGCCGCUGCCAUACGUCGCCGGCUGAAGAUUGCGGCGGAGGAAACAGACUCACCUGCCGUAGCACUUGCACAAUCUUCAAAAGGGGUAAAAAUAAACUGAUGGUGUACUGAUUCCUAAAA